CGGCAGAAAGCAGGCGGGUCCACAGAGCUCAUGUGGAGUUGGUCCAUGGUGGUUUUCUUGCUGUUCUCUGACUGGGGUUUGAGUAUGAUGGGAUUAAACGAGGGUAGCGCCGUGGACAUUGCCUCGCACUGAUCAGUCUUCAGCCCCGGUCCAUAAGAAAGUCGCAGUCCAGGGUGCAAAAAUGUCAGACAAGAUGUCUAGUUUUUUGCAUAUUGGGGACAUCUGUUCCCUCUAUGCCGAAGGGUCAACCAAUGGCUUCAUCAGCACGCUGGGUCUUGUAGAUGACCGUUGUGUGGUUCAGCCGGACACAGGAGACCUGAACAACCCCCCCAAGAAAUUCAGAGACUGCCAGUUCAAACUGUGCCCAAUGAACCGCUACUCUGCACAGAAACAGUUCUGGAAAGCGGCCAAGCCUGGGGGUAACAACACCACAGACACGGUGCUGCUGAACAAGUUGCAUCAUGCAGCUGACCUGGAGAAGAAGCAGAAUGAGUCUGAGAACCGCAAGCUGCUGGGAACCGUCAUACAGUAUGGCAACGUCAUUCAGCUUCUCCACCUGAAGAGCAAUAAGUACCUGACUGUGAACAAGCGUCUGCCCGCCCUCCUGGAGAAGAAUGCCAUGAGGGUGACUCUGGACUCUGCGGGGAACGAGGGCUCCUGGUUCUACAUCCAACCCUUCUACAAACUGCGCUCUAUCGGUGACAGUGUCGUCAUUGGGGACAAAGUGGUUCUGAACCCUGUAAAUGCUGGCCAGCCUCUUCAUGCCAGUAGCCAUCAGCUGGUGGACAACCCAGGGUGCAAUGAGGUGAACUCUGUUAACUGCAACACUAGCUGGAAGAUAGUCCUGUUUAUGAAAUGGAGUGACAACAUGGAGACUGUUCUUAAAGGGGGUGAUGUCGUUCGGCUGUUUCACGCAGAACAGGAAAAGUUUCUCACCUGCGACGAAUACCGGAAAAAGCAGCACGUCUUCCUCCGGACCACUGGCCGCCAGUCUGCUACUUCUGCCACAAGCAGCAAGGCCUUAUGGGAAGUGGAGGUGGUACAUCCCGAUCCCUGUCGAGGUGGAGCUGGCUACUGGAACAGCUUGUUUCGAUUUAAGCACCUGGCCACUGGAUCCUAUCUGGCUGCAGAGGUGAACCCAGAUUAUGUAGAGGAGAACCCAGAACCUCGUUCUUCUGUUGGGGAUUUUAUCCCUUUUAAUUUCCAGCUGGACUCCGAACACGAGGCCCUGCGAGCUCGGCUCCACACACCUCAGGGAAAGGUCAUGUACAGCCUCGUCUCCGUCCCUGACGGCAACGAUAUUUCCUCCAUCUUUGAGCUGGACCCAACCACCUUGCGAGGAGGAGACUCCCUGGUGCCCAGGAACUCGUACGUGAGGCUUCGACACCUGUGCACCAACACAUGGGUCCACAGCACUAACAACCCCAUUGACAAAGAGGAGGAGAAGCCAGUGAUGUUAAGGAUUGGCACAUCUACUGUGAAGGAGGAUAAGGAGGCCUUCGCCAUUGUGCCAGUCCCCCCUGCAGAGGUGCGCGAUCUGGACUUUGCCAAUGACGCCAGCAAGGUUCUGGCCUCAAUUGCGGGCAAGCUGGAGAAAGGAACGAUCACGCAAAAUGAGAGGAGGUUUGUCACCAAACUGCUGGAGGACCUGGUGUUCUUUGUGGUAGACAUCCCCAAUAGUGGCCAAGAUGUGCUGGAGAUCAUGGUUAACAAGCCUGACCGGGAGAGGCAGAAACUGAUGAGGGAGCAGAAUAUUCUCAAACAGAUUUUUAAGCUGUUACAGGCUCCGUUCACUGACAGUGGUGAUGGCCCCAUGUUGCGUCUGGAGGAGCUGGGUGACCAACGCCACGCCCCCUUCCGGCACAUCUGUCGCCUGUGCUACCGGGUCCUCCGCCACUCCCAGCAGGACUACCGGAAGAACCAGGAGUACAUCGCCAAACAGUUCCGCUUCAUGCAGAAGCAGAUUGGUUACGACGUGCUGGCUGAGGAUACCAUCACGGCCCUGUUGCACAACAACCGCAAGCUCCUAGAGAAGCACAUCACAGCUGCGGAGAUAGACACCUUUGUCAGUCUCGUGAGGAAGAACAGGGAACCCAGGUUUCUGGACUACCUGUCCGACCUGUGUGUGUCCAUGAACAAGUCCAUCCCCGUGACACAGGAGCUUAUCUGCAAUGCCGUUCUGGACCCCACUAAUGCCGACAUCCUGAUUGAGACAAAGCUGGUGCUGUCACGGUUUGAGAUUGAGGGCACGCCGACCGGGGAGAACCCAGCGGAGUCUGAGGAGGAUGAAGAGGAGGUCUGGCUCUUCUGGAAGGACAGAAACAAGGAGAUUCGCAGCAAGAGCAUUCGGGAGCUGGCCCAGGAUGCCAAGGAAGGCCAGAAGGAGGACCAGGAAGUGGUCAGCUACUACAGGUACCAGCUGAACCUGUUUGCCCGCAUGUGCCUGGAUCGGCAGUACCUGGCCAUCAACAAGAUCUCAGGCCAGCUGGAUGUGGACCUGAUACUGCGCUGCAUGUCAGAUGAAGACCUACCAUAUGAUUUACGGGCGUCUUUCUGCCGACUGAUGUUGCACAUGCAUGUGGACCGUGACCCACAGGAGCCGGUCACGCCCGUCAAGUAUGCCCGGCUGUGGUCCGAGAUUCCUUCCAAGAUUGCCAUUGAUGACUAUGAUAACAGUGGAACCACCAAAGAUGAAAUUAAGGAGCGCUUUGCCCUCACCAUGGAGUUUGUGGAGAAUUACCUGCGAGAUGUUGUUUGUCAAAAUGUUCCUUUCUCGGACAAAGAGAAAAACAAACUAACCUUUGAGGUCGUGAAUUUGGCUCGCAACCUCAUAUAUUUUGGCUUCUAUAACUUCAGUGAUUUGUUGAGGUUGACUAAGAUCCUGCUGUCUAUUUUGGACUGUGUCCAUGUCACUACCAUAUUUCCCAUCAACAAGAUUGAGAAAGGCGACGAGAGCAAAGGUAGCAAUGUCAUGAGGUCAAUCCAUGGGGUAGGUGAGCUGAUGACCCAGGUGGUCCUAAGGGGAGGGGGUUUUCUUCCCACAACCCCUGCCAAUCCUCCUGAUGGAGAUGCUGUCCAGACCCAAACAGAGCCCGAGAAGGAGGACAUUCUAGUAAUGGACACCAAGCUCAAAAUAAUAGAGAUUCUGCAGUUUAUCCUGAAUGUACGUCUCGACUACCGAAUCUCCUGUCUGCUCUGCAUCUUUAAACGGGAGUUUGAUGAGAGUAAUUGCCAAUCAGAUCUACCGCCAGGAACCAUCCAGGACGGACUCAACAUGCCGGGAUCACUGAAUUUUGAGAACAUUGAAGAACAGGCAGAGGGGAUCUUUGGAGGAAGUGAAGAGAACACACCCCUGGACCUGGAUGACCAUGGUGGGAGAACGUUCCUGAGGGUCCUGCUCCAUUUGACAAUGCAUGACUACCCUCCCCUGGUGUCCGGUGCUCUCCACCUGCUUUUCAGACAUUUUAGUCAGAGGCAGGAGGUACUGCUAGCCUUCAAGCAGGUCCAGCUCCUGGUCACAAAUCAGGAUGUGGAAAACUACAAGCAGAUCAAGUGGGACUUGGACUUGCUGCGCUCCAUUGUGGAGAAAUCUGAACUGUGGGUGUAUAAGCGGCAGGGAGAAACCAUGGAUACAGGAGAUGGCCCUUCCUCCGAGAUGGAACAGAAGGGAGACUCUGGUUCUGAUAAGAAGAAGCAGGAGAGUACCAGCAGUUACAACUACAGAAUAGUGAAGGAGAUCCUCCUCAGGCUUAGUAAGCUGUGUGUUCAGGAGGGCUCAUCUGGAAAGAAGAGCAAGAAACAGCAGCAGAGGCUUCUUCGGAACAUGGGGGCCCAUGCUGUGGUCUUGGAGCUCUUGCAGAUCCCCUAUGAAAAGGGAGAAGAUCUGAGAAUGCAGGAAAUCAUGAAGUUGGCUCAUGAGUUUCUGCAGAACUUCUGUGCUGGAAACCAGCAGAACCAGGCUCUUCUUCACAAACACAUUAACCUCUUCCUCAAUCCUGGGAGUCUGGAAGCCCUUACCAUGCAGCACAUCUUCAUGAACAACUUCCAGCUGUGCAGUGAAAUCAACGAGCGCGUGGUACAACACUUUGUCCACUGCAUUGAGACCCAUGGCCGCCAUGUCCAGUACCUGAAGUUCCUGCAGACCAUUGUCAAGGCGGAGAACAAGUUCAUCAAGAAGUGUCAGGACAUAGUGAUGGCUGAGCUGGUGAACUCAGGUGAGGAUGUGCUGGUUUUCUACAACGACCGCGCUUCUUUCCAGACGCUUGUGCAGAUGAUGCGGUCGGAACGUGACCGCAUGGACGAGAACAGCCCCCUCAUUUACCACAUCCACUUGGUGGAGCUGCUGGCCAUUUGCACUGAGGGCAAGAAUGUCUACACUGAGAUCAAAUGUAACUCACUACUCCCCUUGGAUGACAUUGUUCGUGUGGUGACACAUGAGGACUGCAUCCCUGAGGUGAAAAUUGCCUACAUCAACUUCCUGAACCACUGCUAUGUUGACACUGAGGUUGAAAUGAAGGAGAUCUACACAAGCAACCACAUGUGGAAACUGUUUGAGAACUUCUUGAUAGACAUAUGCAGGGUAUGCAACAACACAAGUGACAGGAAGCAUGCAGAUACCAUUCUGGAACGCUACGUUACCGAGACGGUCAUGAGCAUUGUUACCACAUUCUUCAGCUCCCCUUUCUCAGACCAGAGUACCAGUCUCCAGACUCGCCAGCCAGUGUUUGUCCAGCUGCUGCAGGGGGUCUUCAGGAUUUAUCACUGUAGCUGGCUCACGCCAACACAGAAGGCCUCCGUGGAGGCCUGCAUCAAGGUGCUAUCUGAUGUGGCCAAAAGCCGCGCGAUAGCCAUCCCGGUGGACCUGGACAGCCAGGUGAAUAACCUGUUUGUCAAGUCCAACAACAUCGUGCAGAAGACGGCACUGAGCUGGAGGCUUUCCGCUCGCAAUGCAGCCCGCAGGGACUCAACCCUGACCACCUCGCGCGACUACAGGAACAUCAUCGAGCGACUCCAGGACAUCGUGUCCGCGCUGGAGGACCGUCUCCGGCCACUGGUGCAGGCGGAGCUCUCGGUCUUGGUGGACGUUCUCCACCGUCCUGAGCUGCUCUUCCCAGAGAACACGGAUGCCAGGAAGAAGUGCGAAAGUGGCGGCUUCAUCUGCAAGCUCAUCAAACACACGAAGCAGCUGCUGGAGGAGAACGAGGAACGGCUUUGCAUCAAGGUGCUGCAGACUCUACGGGAGAUGAUGACCAAAGACCGUGGUUACGGGGAGAAGUUGAUUGCCUUUGAUGAUGAGAUGGAUGUGGCUGAGCUGGCCCCCCCGCCGGAACCAGAAGCCCCCACUGAGGAUGCUGAUCCGAAUCAGCCUCAGAAGCAACUGGAGGAUCAGAGAAGGGGUGAAGCACUGAGACAGAUUUUGGUGAAUCGUUACUAUGGAAACUUCAGGCCCAGUGGGAGGAGGGACAGCCUGACCAGUGUGAGCAAUGGUCCCCUCACCCCCGGUGGCCAGGGGAAGACCCAAUCAGGAAGUGCCCCCGGAUCUCUUGGCCGGGGGGAGAUAAGCUUGGCAGAGGUCCAGUGUCACCUUGACAGGGAGGGAGCGUCAGACCUGGUCAUCGACCUCAUCAUGAACGCCACCAGUGACCGUAUCUUCCAAGAGAGCAUCCUCCUAGCGAUCGCCCUGCUGGAGGGUGGGAACCCCACCAUCCAGCGCUCGUUUUACUGCCGCCUGACCGAAGACAAGAAAUCAGAGAAGUUCUUCAAGGUCUUCUACGACCGGAUGAAGCUGGCCCAGCAGGAGAUCAAAGCCACUGUGACGGUGAACACCAGUGACCUGGGCAGCAAGAAGAAGGAUGAUGACGCUUCCGAUAAGGACGCCCCUGCACGCAAAAAAGCUCAAGGGUCCGUGAAGGAUGUCGUCUCCGUGGUGACAGAGGAAGCAAGGGAGCAGCUGCUGGAGGCCUCAACGGUCACCAAGAAAGCAUACUGUUCGUACCGGCGUGAAGCCGACCCAGAAGAGCAUGCGACCCCGGCCGACAGUCCAACCGGCAUCGGUGACAAGGGCCAGGAUGAUGGGGAGAUGAGUGUGAUCAUCACUAUCAUGCAACCCAUCCUUCGACUCAUGCAGCUGCUCUGUGAGAACCACAACCGAGACCUGCAGAACUUUCUGCGCUGCCAGAACAAUAAGAACAACUACAACCUGGUGUGUGAGACACUGCAGUUCCUGGAUUGCAUCUGCGGCAGCACUACAGGGGGUCUGGGCCUGCUGGGACUCUACAUCAAUGAGAAGAAUGUGGGACUCAUCAACCAGACCGUGGAGAGCCUGACCGAGUAUUGUCAAGGCCCAUGCCAUGAGAACCAGAAUUGUAUCGCCACCCAUGAGUGCAACGGGAUUGACAUCAUCAUUGCCCUGAUCCUCAAUGACAUCAACCCCUUAGGGAAGAAACGGAUGGAUCUUGUUCUAGAACUCAAGAAUAAUGCUUCCAAGCUGCUGCUGGCCAUCAUGGAGAGCCGCCAUGACAGUGAGAACGCUGAGAGAAUCCUGUACAACAUGAGGCCAAAAGAGCUGGUGGAAGUAAUCAAAAAGGCCUAUAUGCAAGGAGAGGUGGAGGUCAAGGAGCCUGAGAAUGAUGAGGAAGGAGAGGAAGAGCACUCAGCCUCACCUCGAAACGUCGGCCACAACAUCUACAUUUUGGCUCAUCAGUUGGCACGGCACAAUAAGGAGCUACAGGCCAUUUUGAAGCCUAGUGGGAACUACGGGGAUGGCGAUGAGGCCCUGGAGUUCUACGCGAAGCACACAGCUCAGAUUGAGAUCGUGCGGCUUGAUCGCACCAUGGAGCAGAUAGUCUUUCCUGUGCCAAACAUCUGCGAGUUCCUGACCAACGAGUCCAAGCUGCGAGUGUACUACACCACCGAGCGCGACGAGCAGGGCAGCAAGAUCAAUGACUUCUUCCUGCGCUCUGAAGACCUCUUCAAUGAGAUGAAUUGGCAGAAGAAGCUGCGAGGUACUCAAGAGGGUCCUGGUAACACAAACACGUUUCCCUCUCAGCCCGUUCUCUACUGGUGUUCACGCAACAUGUCCUUCUGGAGUAGCAUCUCCUUCAACCUGGCCGUGCUAAUGAACCUGCUGGUGGCUUUCUUCUACCCCCUAGAGGGCAGCCACAAAGGUACUCUUGAGCCACACCUGUCCGCCCUGCUAUGGAUCGCCAUGCUGGUGUCCUUAGCCAUAGUGAUCAUCAUGCCCCAGCCACAUGGGAUCCGAGCCUUCAUCGCCUCCACCAUUCUGCGCCUUAUCUUCUCGGUGGGCUUGGAGCCCACUCUCUUCCUGCUUGGAGCCUUCAAUGUCUGCAAUAAGAUCAUCUUCCUGAUGAGUUUUGUGGGGAAUCGAGGGACAUUCACCAGGGGCUACAGGGCUAUGAUCAUGGAUGUCGAGUUUCUAUACCAUGUGCUCUACCUGAUCAUCUGCAGCCUUGGUGUGUUUGUUCACGUCUUCUUCUACAGCCUUCUGCUCUUUGACCUAGUCUAUAGAGAAGAGACCCUGCUGAAUGUGAUCAAGAGCGUGACGCGCAACGGCCGCUCCAUUGUCCUCACUGCGGUACUGGCGCUCAUUCUUGUCUACCUGUUCUCCAUUGUGGGCUACAUCAUCUUCAAAAAUGACUUCAUCCUGACGGUGGAUAGGAUCCCGAAUAAAACGCUGGAGAGUGGAGCCAGCAUGCUCGGGGAGUUCCUGUCUGCUGGAGUGUGCCGGAAGGAGAGUGGGGACAAUUGCUCGAGUGAUGCUGCCGUGGAAGGUUUGCUAGCGGCUGCUACACAUCCACCUGCAUUGGUGAUUGAAGAUAAGGAACGUACCUGUGACUCCCUGCUGAUGUGCAUCGUCACUGUCCUAAGCCACGGCCUCCGCAGUGGUGGUGGGGUCGGAGACGUCCUACGCAAACCGUCCAAAGAGGAACCCUUGUUUGCUGCCAGAGUCAUCUACGACCUUCUCUUCUUCUUCAUGGUCAUCAUCAUUGUCCUCAACCUGAUCUUUGGAGUGAUCAUCGAUACGUUUGCCGACCUGAGGAGCGAAAAGCAGAAGAAAGAGGAGGUUCUAAAAACCACUUGCUUUAUCUGCGGCCUGGAGCGCGAUAAGUUCGACAACAAGACAGUGACCUUUGAGGAGCACAUCAAGGUGGAGCACAACAUGUGGCACUACCUGUUCUUCAUUGUCCUGGUCAAGGUGAAGGACUCCACUGAGUACACGGGUCCCGAGAGCUACGUGGCCAAAAUGAUCAAGGAGCACAACCUGGACUGGUUCCCCCGCAUGCGUGCCAUGUCUCUGGUCAGCAGCGAUGGCGAUGGUGAACAGAAUGAGAUCCGCAACCUUCAGGAGAAGCUAGAGUCUACCAUGAAACUGGUGUCCAACCUCUCUGGGCAACUAACUGAGCUCAAGGAGCAGAUGACAGAGCAAAGGAAGCAGAAACAGAGGAUCGGCCUCCUGGGGCACCCCCCCCACAUGAACGUCAAUCCACAGCAACCAGCAUGAGGAGAGGACGACUGACUGACAACUGAUGGGAGGAGGGAGGGGGAGAGUCACAUCAACAGCCGCUUUACGUUCGCUUAGGAGUCCAGAUCCAGUGGAAAUGUGGUGUCACAUCCCGAGCCAACUUGAUGAGUGUUUAGCUUUUAUCUAAACUCGCCCUUAGGACACUUUUAAGCCAAACAGGUACCAAGGAUUCCUCGCUCACACCCCCCUGCCGCCCCUCUCCUCUGCACAGGACUACGGGCCACGCAUUUUCUAUAUAAACUCAUGUGAAUUUUCAUCUCAUGGCCUUUACUGGGUGAACUUGAAACACAGCAGCAGGGCUGUACUGGACUGUGAGGGAAUGAGAGAUGCGGUGAAAAAUCUUUUUGUAUUUACUACUAGUAGAGCAAGCUGUAUUUGUCUUAUUUUUGUAUGAUGUGCAAUAUGAAUACUUUAUUAUGCAACGACCAUGACAUCUGAGCUGUAAAUUAUGUCUUAAAGGGACGGUAUCAGUCUCCAAAAGUUAACUUGUUUCUUUUUUGCUUAAUGAGUUAAAGAAAAAUAAACUAUUUGUGGGUAGACGUUUUAAAUAAGAGGACUUACGUUUCCACUUAGGAUAGGGAUUGGACCAAUAAUACUGCAUGUGCAAGACUUUCUGGUUUUAUUUAUUUUAUUUGAAGUAAAAUUAUUAUCUAAAUUAUUCACAAAGAAUUAAUAUAAAUUGUGUUUCGUCUGGAGGUUUCUGUUCAUCUAGGUUUUUGUUUUCUAUGAAUGACUGUCACUCGGAACACCAUUUGUGUAUAAUUGUCUAUUAUAUUUAUGUUCAUAUAUAUUGUUGGGAAAUAUUGUUUUAGAACAGUAGUUUUCAGGGUAGGCCAAUACUUACUGUAUUAGUUCAGGAAUGUUGAGGCUGUGAUGAUUGUUCAUUAAAAUUAAUUCUAAAUUGCAGGCUCUUUUAUGCACUAAUAAUCAGCAUCCACCAGUUAGAGGAGCGCAUUACCCACUGGCUGACACCUCUUUAAGAACUCUAGGCAAGCGAGGACUUUCUGCCUGCCUGUGGAAUAAGCUGCUGCUUACCCCUAUUUCCAUUAGGUUUGGUCAUUUGACACAGACCGUUGUAUUAUUCAGUAUGAUUUUUUUUUUGUAUAGGGAAUUUCAUUCACAGAAAGACAUCAUAGGAUCUGAAACAAGUGUUACUGAAAAUAAAAAGUAGUAGUAUGGAA